AUGAAUCGUUACACACUUGUCAGGCAAUUGGGAGAUGGGACGUAUGGUUCGGUACUACUUGCUACUGCCCUAGAAACGAAGGAAAAAGUUGCUAUUAAAAAGAUGAAAAAAAAGUUCUACUCUUGGAACGAAUGUCUCAAUUUACGCGAGGUCAAGUCAUUAAGUAAACUUUCUCACCCAAGUAUUGUGAAACUUAAAGAAGUAGUUCGGGAAAAUAACUAUCUUUAUUUGAUAUUCGAGGCACUUGAAAAUAAUUUAUAUGAACUUAUGAAAGCAAGGACUAAGCUUUUUCAAGAAGAAACAAUCCGGAAUAUUAUUUGGCAGGUUUUGGACGGUCUAAAUUUCAUGCAUAAGCAGGGGUUUUUUCACCGGGACCUGAAACCUGAAAAUGUGCUGUGCAAUGGGCCAGAGACCGUAAAACUAGCAGAUUUCGGACUUGCUCGUGAGAUCCGUUCGCAACCUCCUUAUACUGAUUAUGUGUCUACCAGGUGGUAUCGUGCUCCUGAAGUGCUUCUGAGAUCAACUAGCUACAAUUCACCGGUUGAUUUGUUUGCUGUUGGUUGUAUAAUGGCAGAGUUAUAUACAUUUCGUCCGUUGUUCCCCGGGAGUUCGGAAAUCGACAUGGUUUUCAAGAUUUGUUCUGUUUUGGGUACACCUUCUAAGAUUAAUUGGCCUGAAGGAUAUCAAUUAGCGGCUGCUAUGAGUUUUAAGUUCCCACAAUGUUCUCCAGUGGCUCUGCAUACUUUGAUUCCAAAUGCUAAUCACGAGGGUAUUCAGCUCAUUCUGGAUCUGAUUUCUUGGAAUCCCAAGAAUCGACCAACGGCACGUGAAGCUUUAAAACGACCUUAUUUCAAGACUAUUCAAGCUUUCAAAGGAAUCAUAUCUUCUGUAAAUAAUGGCACCAAAUUACAGAAUGCAUCUCAAGAUUUGGAUAUAAAAUCGACAGAUUUAAAUAGAAAUCAAAAAUUGUUAUCACAUAAAAUUAAUGAUUCACAAAAAGUAAAGGAGUCGCAACCUGUUCAGCAAGCUGCCAUUUUUAAAUCAUUGAAUGAUCAUCAAAUAGAAGCGGGAUCCUACAAUCUUUCGAAUAAUCGUAAUGAUUGCAGUUUACAAAAAAAAUCUGAAAAUAACUUAUCUAGAAACAAUAAAGAUCUCUCAGAACAUCUCUUUACAGACAAACAAGGAAGUAAAGGGACUGUUUUGCAUUUGGAAGAUCCAUUACCAACUCUUGUUCCAACAUUAAACGAAACUGUUGAGAACGUCAAGUUAAACGAUCAUGCUACUGAAAAUAAGGUUCAUGGAUUCGAGAACUUAAUUUCAGGCGAUACAAUUAGUAAAGCGGAUCUGGUUACAGAUUGCGCAAUUGCUACAAAUCCACUUCCCAUCGAUUCAUUUCAGUGUCCGAAAUCUGACGCUUUAGUACUAAAAAAUAAAAAGUCGGCGCGUCGACGUUGGCCAGCUUUAGAAACUGAUAGUUUGUUUAAUAAUUUCGAUUCAGACCAUUCAGAUUUAAAGCCACCUUCAAAGAAAAUGACUGCCAUAAAGGAACAUCAAGACGAAAACUGCACUUACCGUAUGCAUUGUCAUAAGUAUGCAAUUGCACCAAACAAAAUUCCUAUAUCAACAUCUAAAUUCAUUAAGCAAUGUCAAGCUUUUCCACCGAUUUUCAAUGAUUGUAAUGUAACAAAAGAAGUAAAACAACUAUAUGGUCCUCGGUUAGUCAAUCAUGUUGAUAGUGAUAUUCAAAGUAUUCAGAGGCGAGAUUGUUUAGAUAUUGACGAACUAUUACAUUCUACAACCACAACUAAACCACAUGUUCUAUCGUCUAGUCAGCACGUACCCUCAAGCAGAAACUUCAGUAGUAUAACAUCUGCUGCAUCAUUUUAUAAGUCGAAAGCACGCUACUUUCCAGGGCAUGUUAACAAUAAAUCAAAAGAGUCACCAAGUACUGUGUUGAUGUUGGAAAAGGCAAUGCAGCAACCGAAAGACAGUCAUAAAGAGAAUCAUCCAUCAGUAGCAACCUACGUAGACUAUCCAGCUCAUUUAUACGUAAAUAAUACACGUAAUUUGAUGAAAAACCCUGAUCCGGAGAUCAAUAACAGUCGAGAUCAAGAAGCUAGUUAUUUCCGCAAUCAUAUCAAAGUAUCUGGGGUCGGAUUUCUGUCGGGAUGUAGAACGGGUUAUUUCCGUCCUUCAGUGAGGGCGAUUGCUCCUUUCCAUUCGAAUCCGAGUUCUAGAACAGAUUGGGCAGCCAAAUAUUUGAAGUCGUGA